GAAUUCACAAAAGCUUCAAAGGAAGCUCGUGAGAUCUAUCUGGGAUGUUCUGUCGCAGAGACAUCUAAUUUGCCUGAUGGUAUAAGCUUUCUCAGAAACAAUGUCAGCAAAAAUCUGCCACUUCUCAUAAAAGGUGCUCUCAAUGGAUUAUCAGCUGUUAAGAAAUGGAAUUCAGAUUAUUUUAGAGAACAUCUCGGUGAGAAGGAAGUGACAGUAUCUCUAACACCAAAUGGUUACGCAGAUGGGAUUGCAGUUAAUGAAGAAGACAAAAAGGAAUACUUUGUAAUGCCUGAAGAAAGAACGAUGAAAAUGAAAGACUUUUUGAAUGCUCUUGAUAAGAAAAAUGGACCAAUUUGCUACAUUCAAAAACAAAACUCUAAUUUAACUCUUGAUUUUCCUGAACUAGUCAAAGACGUCAACAGCACAAUUUUAAAUUUCGCUAAAGAAGCUUUCAAUAAAGAACCUGAUGCUGUUAACUUUUGGAUGGGAGAUGAGCGUGCUGUAACAUCGAUGCAUAAAGAUCCAUAUGAAAACAUUUAUUGUGUCAUCUCAGGGUUCAAAGAUUUCAUUUUAAUUCCACCUGUGGAUGUUCAUCUUGUUCCAAGGCAAAUAUAUCAGUCGGCAAUCUACGAAUCAAAUGAGUCUAAUAGCUUUCAAAUUAAAUCACUAUUUGAUGAUUCGAACAAACCAAUCAACAUUGAAUGGGUGUCAAUAGAUCCCCUAAAUCCUGACUUUAAAAAGUAUCCUGAAUAUAAAAAUGCAAACAUUUUCAAGGUGCGAGUGAACAAAGGUGACAUUCUUUAUCUUCCAAGUCUUUGGUAUCAUCACGUUCAACAGUCUCACGAAUGCAUAGCAGUCAAUUAUUGGUAUGAUAUGGAAUACGAUUCAAGAUACUGUCUUUAUAAAAUGAUGGAACGCUUGUGUGGUUUUAAAUGUGAUGAAUAAUUCAAUAAAUUUAUCUGAAACUUUAAAUUGUUUGACAAUAAAAUAAAAACAUUUCUAAAAAUUU